CAUUUCCAAUAGUGUUAUUAUUAGUUAAAUUAAAUACAUUUUAGGGGGAAUAUAGACCUUUUAAAAUGAAUUUAUGGAAAAAUUGUUGAUUAGGUGUAGUGCAGUUGGAUGGUCGAAUCAAAACAAUAAAUCCUUAUUCUUCAUUGUUCUUUGGAUCCUCCCCUUCCUCAAAAGGCGGUUAUCAUAUUUAUAUUUUUUUAGAAUCAAAACCAUAGAUUUUUUUCACUGUUAGUUUACCACUUAAAGUUGUUAGUUUUUUGUUAUGGAUCGUUUUUUGUUUUGUAGAGUUUAGUGUGUGUUUGUGGAAAAGCCAAAAUGGAUUUAUGGAUUGUUGCAGCUUUUGCUGGAGCUGGUUGCUUAGCUAAAUACUUCACUAGGCUUUCAAAAAUUGCAUCUAAUUAUUUGUCUUGUGAGGGUUCUAGUUUUAAGAAUCAAGCAUUGAAAGAUGAAAUAGGCAACCAUGUUUCUUCUCUAGAUAGAAUUAGGGCUUUAGAUGUUUGUAAUAACAAAGGGCUAAGAUGCUUAAGGGAUUGCAAUGAAAGUGAUGCCUUUUCUUAUGCAUCAAAUUUCAAUCGAAUUGAAGAUGGGGAUCACCAGAGUACUCAACAUGAUACAACAUUUCUAUUCAGUCUUGGAAUUUCUUUUGGGAUAAUAACUUCCAUCUUAGCAAACAGAAGGGAAAUGGGAAAGUUAAGAGAGUUGUUGAAGCAGACUGAAAACUUGGUUCAAGAUCUACAAGUGGAACUUGAAAUGAAAGAUUCAAUGACCGUGAAGGAGUUAUGUAGCGAAAAUUAUGGAUUGCAGGAUACGUGUGCCCACUCUUUCUGUGAUAAUAAGGAGCUAAAUGUACUUCCCCCUGAAAACCACACAGAAAACUGUCCAAUAAUUGGCUGCAAAGACUCAUAUGAAGAAGAAAAUUCAGAAUCUAUGAGAAAAAUUGAAGCUGAGCUUGAAGUUGAACUUGAGAGAUUGGGGUUAAACAUGAAUGAAUCUAGCCCAGAAAGAACUCUGCCUGAGCUUCUUGAGCUCGGACCGGACUUUGUAGCAGAUUUUUCUCGAGAUGAGUUGCAAGCUGACACGAUCAAUAGGAAAGAUUUUAUCCGUCCAAAAUUAAAUGUGGAUGCAAGUGAGACUAUGAUUUCCCCUAGAAACUAUGUUGUUUCAUCUCAUGAACUAAGUCUGCGCUUGCAUGAAGUUAUCCAAUACAGACUUGAGGAACGUGUGCAUGAACUUGAAGUUGCCCUUCAAAACAGCCAUAAGAAAUUACACUUAAUGGAAUCAGAAGAAGAGAGUUGUUCUCAAAAGUAUUCCCCAAGCCUUGGUCAUGUUACUAUGAAUUUAUCAUGUGAAUCACUUUGUGCAUGCAAUGACACGUAUGAAGAAUUAAUAAAGAUAGACGACUUACAAGGAAAUUCUCCAUUAGACAUGCAUAAUACUGCGCAAAAUGUAGAUUCAGUUUCAUACUGUGGAGCAAAGAUCCCUAAUUUGUUCCACGUUCAAUGAAGAGAGGUUGUCUAGGGAACUUUUUUAUCACAAUAUUGAAAGGACUAUGCUCUAGCAUUUAUGAAUGUCAUGAUGUUGGUGAAGAUGAAAAUUGUGAUACUAUCUCCUAUUCCAGUCUAAGAAAUUUUUUAGAGAUUCUUUUGUCUCAUUUAUAAGAAAAAAUUGUGAUAUUUAAGAUUUAUUUA